CAAUUGAAUCUCAUUCAAAUAGCCGUUCCUUCACCGCCCACUGCGCCAUUGGAGGCGCGAGUACUUGCCGCCAAUGCACACAUAUUCGAAUGGGGUAUACCCGAGUCAGAUGGUGGUGCGCCACUGCUCGGCUAUCACAUUGCAAUACGUGACAUGAAGAAAACGAUGUGGAUCGAAGUGGGCCGUGUACCGGCCGGUGUGCAAAGAUUCCAGAUACGCGACCUACAAGAGAAUCAUGAAUAUAUGAUACGCAUAUUUGCAAAGAACGAGAUCGGUCUUAGUGAACCACUCGAAUCUGAGGAGCCAUAUAAGGCUAUGACAGCAGGACACUUGAGUUUGCCCGACGAACCGCGUACAGAAAUGAGUAGUUGCAAUACAUCGUCCUGGUUGCGUGAUCACAAUAUGGACGCGGAUAUUCAUUCGUAUGCUCGUGGUAAACUGCUGCGUCGAGACGAAUACUUCUUCCGCAUUUGGGCGAAAUUGCCAAAAAGCAAAAAGAAGAAAUCAUCAAAAUAAUACUAGUUUGCUAUGUGUACAAUAGAUGUUAUGUUAGGCCGCAAAUAUUGUUGUAAAAAAAUCACAAAGAAAAACAAAGCUAUGAGCGAAUAGCUUCGAAACUACUAAUUUUACUAAAAUACUUAUUGAUAAUUUUCAUAUUUAUACAACGUACGUUCAUUUAAAUAUUAAUUGCAUAGUUUUGGAAGCCCUUAUUUUUUUAUUAAUUUUUAUUUUUUUUUUUUUGUUAAUAAUACAUUCAACGAUUCUAAUCUAAUUGUAAUGUGUUGAUUAUGCAACGCCGUUUAAAGUGCGUUGCCACAUAAUAACCAUAAACCAUUUCCUUCUUCAAAUUGGUUAUUUUUCACAUACAUAGGUUUAAAAAUGCGAGCGAAGAAAAUUUUUGUAACCAACGUCUUGUGAAAAAUAUCAAUGAAGGAAUGAAAUAUGGAAAAAGAUGAAUAUUGAUUACAGAAGACAUGAAAUAAUCUCAUUAAUUAAAAUUUGAAACAUUUUAAAAAUUAAAUCUCGAAGUUCAUAAUAUGUAUAAAAUUUAGUUUUGUUUAUUAUUUAUUAAAACUGUGAUAAAUGUCAAAGAAAACAUAAAAAAAAUGUCGCAAAAUUUUUGAAAUUACUACGAAAAAAAAACAAAUGAAUUGUAAAUACAAUAAAUAAUACUUGGUGCGAUUAAGCUAUUAUUUAUUGUAUAUUCCUCUUAGAAGUUAAGGUGAAAUUAAGCAU